CUCCUUCCCACCGCCUCCUCCAGGUCCUGCUCCUGCCGCCACCGCUUCCAUCUCGAGCAGAAGCAACCGCACUCAGCCGCGUACCCCGGAGUCCAGGCACCCGCAGCGGCCAGGGCAUCCCGAGGUACCCACUCCAGGCCUUGCCUGCCCCUACGAGAAGCCCACGUCCCUAUCCUGGGUUCUGGAGCAUCUUGUGGCCAAGAGGGAUUCUAGUAUGGAGGUUAAACUUGAAGAGCAUUUUAACAAGACAUUUGUCACAGAGAACAAUACUGCUGCCAGUCGGAACACUGUCUUCCCUGCCUGGGAGGACUACAGAGGCACAGAGAACAAUACUUCUGCUGCUCGGAAUGCUGCCUUUCCUGUCUGGGAGGACUAUAGAGGGAGCGUAGAUGAUUUACAAUACUUUUUGAUUGGGCUCUAUACAUUUGUAAGUCUUCUUGGCUUUAUGGGAAAUCUACUUAUUUUAAUGGCUGUUAUGAAAAAGCGCAAUCAGAAGACUACAGUGAACUUUCUCAUAGGCAACCUGGCCUUCUCUGACAUCUUGGUUGUCCUGUUUUGCUCCCCUUUCACCCUGACCUCUGUCUUGUUGGAUCAGUGGAUGUUUGGCAAAGCCAUGUGCCAUAUCAUGCCAUUCCUUCAGUGUGUGUCAGUGCUAGUUUCAACCCUGAUUUUAAUAUCAAUUGCCAUUGUCAGAUAUCAUAUGAUAAAGCACCCUAUAUCUAACAAUUUAACAGCAAACCAUGGCUACUUCUUGAUAGCUACUGUCUGGACACUGGGCUUUGCCAUCUGUUCUCCCCUCCCAGUAUUUCACAGUCUUGUGGAACUUAAGGAAACCUUUGACUCAGCAUUGCUGAGCAGCAAGUAUUUGUGUGUUGAGUCAUGGCCCUCUGAUUCAUACAGAAUUGCUUUCACAAUCUCUUUAUUGUUAGUUCAGUAUAUCCUGCCUCUAGUAUGUUUAACAGUAAGCCAUACUAGCGUCUGCAGGAGUAUAAGCUGUGGAUUGUCCCACAAAGAAAACAGACUUGAAGAAAACGAGAUGAUCAACUUAACUCUACAUCCAUCCAAAAAGAGCAGGAACCAGGCAAAACCCCCCAGCACUCAAAAGUGGAGCUACUCCUUCAUCAGAAAGCACAGAAGAAGGUACAGCAAGAAGACGGCAUGUGUGUUACCCGCCCCAGCUGGACCUUCCCAGGAGAAGCACCUAACUGUUCCUGAAAACCCAGGCUUGGUCCGUAGCCAGCUGUCACCAUCCAGUAAGGUCAUCCCAGGGAUCCCUAUCUGCUUUGAGGUGAAACCUGAAGAAAGCUCAGAUGCUCAGGAGAUGAGAGUCAAGCGUUCCAUCACGAGAAUAAAGAAGAGAUCUCGAAGUGUUUUCUACAGACUGACUAUAUUGAUACUAGUGUUUGCCGUCAGCUGGAUGCCGCUCCACGUCUUCCACGUGGUGACUGAUUUCAACGAUAACCUGAUUUCCAAUAGGCAUUUCAAGCUGGUGUACUGCAUCUGUCACUUGUUAGGCAUGAUGUCCUGUUGUCUAAAUCCGAUCCUCUAUGGAUUCCUUAAUAAUGGUAUCAAAGCAGACUUGAGAGCCCUUAUCCACUGCCUACACAUGUCAUGAUUCUCUCUGGGCACCGAGGAGAGAAAUGUGGAGACUGCCCACAAUACAUCUGUGCUAAUUGACACAUAAUUUAUAUAGAAGUGUUCUGGAUCUGAUUGCCAGUCUGUAAUCUAUGUAAGAUCAUUUUAAUGUUACAAUAUGGUUAAUUCAGUCACUUGUGCAGAGUCAGUGUCAAUCUAAUGAAACUUCAUGUUUUGAAGUAGUUACAUUACCUUCCAUUUCAUGUCAUUGGUAAUAAGUUGAGUGGUACUCUUUGGUUUAGUGUAAAAGUUAUAGCUAUCCAAAUUGUUAUUUUGUACAAAAAUGUAAGAAGUGAAAAAGUUGUUCCAACAAAUAUCUAACUAUAGAUUCAAGGAAUUUCUAUUAUUUAGAUAUCUUCAUUUCUAUUUCAUAGGCUUCUUAACAUUUUUUAAAAGUACAAAAAUACUCAAAAGUCAGAACUCUAAUACAGAUGUAAACAUAAAACAUGAUUGUAAGUUUAUGAGAAAGAUCCACUCCUAUUAUUGAAGACUGGUAAAAUUGUCAGAUUAAUCCAGCUGUCCUACUACUAAUAUUUAACUUAUCAAAUAUAAAAAGGUUUUGGAUUGGGCUUAAAUUUAUAUCCCAUUAAACACUGUCAAAUAAAGGCUGUUUUCAUAUGCAUCUUUGAUGUUUAAAAUGUGAAGUCUAAAUGGUGUGUAUUUCCAAUUACUAAAUAACUUAUAAGACUAUUUUUAAGAAUACAUAGAUGGUAUGAAUAGCUAGUCAUUUGUUAAUAUAAAAUAAAAGUAGAUAACUAA